AAUACAGCACCUUACCCUUUUCUUAUUAAAUAAAUGUUUACACCCGGCUACAUCAGCUUCUGGUCUUUUUUUAAAAUUAAAUGAAUUAAUAAUGGGCAUACAGAAGAUACCCCCUCUGUAUUUCCCACCAUUCCUCUCUUACCUUUCCCCCAGAUGGCAUUUGUUUCUGGUGCUGCUGCUUUUGGUCUAGGGCUCAUACAUUUGAUUGUCUUGUCACACCAUUUUUUCCAUCAGAUACAUCAACAAUAUGGAAACUAGAAACCAAACAAGUGUUUCCGAAUUCCUUCUCUUGGGACUAACAGAGGAUCUGGAACUGCAGUUCCUCCUCUUUAUCCUGUUUUUGUCCAUAUACCUGGUCACUGUCUUUGGAAACCUGCUUAUCAUCCUGGCUGUUGGGUCUGACUCUCACCUCCACACUCCCAUGUACUUCUUUCUUUCCAAUCUCUCCUUCACUGACAUCUGUUUCAGCACAACCACGAUCCCAAAGAUGUUGGUGAACCUCAAAGCACAGAAUCAGAGCACCACUUAUGGAGGCUGCCUCACCCAGGUCUGCUUUGUCCUGGUUUUUGCUGCUUUGGAAAAUUUUCUUCUUGCAGCAAUGGCUUAUGACCGCUACGUGGCCAUUUGUCACCCACUGAGGUACACGGUCAUCAUGAACCCCUGCCUUUGUGGCCUGCUGACUCUGCUCUCUCUGUUCAUUACCACUGUGGAUGCCCUGAUCCACAGCCUGUUGGGGUUGCACCUGUCUUUCUGUAUAGAUCCGAAAAUCCCCUACUUCUUCUGUGAAGUUAUUCAGGUCACCAAGGUUGCGUGCUCUGAUACCCUCAUCAAUAACAUCUUCAUAUAUUUUGCAGUUAGCAUGUUGGGUGGCAUUCCUCUGUUUGGGAUUAUUUUCUCUUAUACCCAAAUUGUGUCCUCCGUUUUGAAAAUGCCAUCAGCUGGUGGAAAGCAUAAAGCUUUUUCUACCUGUGGAUCUCACCUGUCAGUUGUUUUCUUAUUUUAUGGGACAGCUUUUGGUGCAUAUAUUAGUGCUGCAUUUAUCCACUCAUCCAGAAAGACUGCAGUUGUUUCAAUGAUGUACACUAUGGUCACUCCCAUGAUGAACCCCUUCAUCUAUAGCCUGAGAAACAAGGACAGGAAGGGAUCCUUGAGGAAACUGGUCAGGAGCAUAUCUGCUUUUCAUUGAUUAUAUUACCUCAUUUGGACUUGGGUUUUUAGAUUUUGUCAAGGUAAAAGAAUGCUCAUGAGGUGGGAUACUUGACUCUUCCAUCUCUGUGUUUGUCUAAAAGGACUAGACAACAUAAUGGCUAAAUGCAAUUCAAUUUGGUUUUUAAACCUGACUUUGUUUCUUGUGUACUGUGUGAUGCUUGACAAAUAAUUUCAACUCUCUAAACUCGGUUUCUUUAGUCAGGGUCUAUAGAAUCAGAGCCUGAGCCAGGGUUCUUUAUUAACUGAUUUGGGGGGAACAUUCUUAGAAUUUAAAAAGCAGGAAAAGGUGGAUAGGGUAAGUAAAGAAUGUAGGCAAAUCUGUAGGCAUAGCUAGAGACUAGCUUCAGCCUGAUCCCAUGGAUAGAGCCAUGAGAAUGGAAACCCAGUUAAUCCCAAUGACAGUCAAGGGAGCUGAAUUUUUAUGUGUCAAUAUAGUUCUUACCAAUACACGUCAUUGGUAAACUAUAUGUGUUUAAGAUAACAUCGGCAUCCACCAUGCUCCAUUUUAUUGUCUAUUGUUGUUCAUUUUAUAUGCUGCUAAGUUAGCCAUCAACUCAUGACACAACAGGAUCAUACCAUUAUUAUCCAUAGUGUCUUUUUUGGCCUAUUUUUUAUGAGCAGAUUACAAGGCCUUUCUUCCUUGUUUAUCUUAGUUGGAAGCUUUGCUGAAAAAUUUUCAGCAUCACUGCAACACACAAGUCUCCAGUGACAAUGCCUGAGGUGCAUUGGCCAAAAAUCAAGCAUGGAUCUUUCACAUGGAAGGCGAGAAUUCUGCCACUGAACCACUGCUGUUCCCCUUCAUAAUCUAUAAAAUUGGCAUAAUUAGAUUAUCUCAGUGGUUUCUAAUGAUUGUGAUAUAAUUAAACCUUAUCAGUGAGGAAGCCAUCAGUUGUAAUUAGAAAAUAUAAACACCGACUUUAAUAUGCUCCCACAGUAAAGAGCAUUAUCUUUCAUUACAAAGACUUCAGAGUUAAGAAAUGUACUGGAACAUUACAGUAGGGAUUCAUUCAUUCCCCUUGAGAUGGUUUCACCUAGCAAUGGUUCCCCUCAUGGUGACAAAUGGCUGCAACAGUCAGGUAUUAUAUCCAGACGUGAUACUCAGAGCCACAAAACUGACCAUUUGUCCCUGAACCUAUUGUUGAUAGUAGAUCUAUUGUUAAUAGACCUUUCCAUACAGAAGAUGUCUCCUCCCAUCUCAUCACUGAGAAUAGCAUCAUAUAUCCCUUCUUAAUCAAAUUUCUGUUUGGGGAACAAAUAAUUACUAUGAGAGCCUUAGCCUGUUGGAAGGAUAACCCUUAUAACUAUUACAAGCAUUUAAUACAAUGCCUGGCAUAUAACAUUCAAUAAAAUUUAACUAAGACACGUGUGUUCCAUAUGUUGCCAUUAUUUAUUAGGCUUGUUAUUUCUUGCUCUCACAUAUUUCUAUACCUUACCUCAGAAGUUUUGUUGGUUUACAUUUAUCAUAAUAUCUAUCAGCAGCUUUUACUUGUCUUAGUAAUAUAAUCAAAUGAUAAAUUAUUGAAUAGGCAGGGAAAAGGGAAAUAAUGUUUCUGAAACCUUAUUUGCUUUGAUUCCUUCUCAUUGAGGUAUUGAUAAGAGUGUAUGGAAGCUUUUAGUUUUCUCGUUACUUACCUUAUUUUGCAAUUUUUCUUUGUCAUCUCUAGUGGAGUCAUUGUUUGAUAUAGUAGAGCCAAUACAAAGAAAUACAGUUGAGUAAAAUUAAUUAAAUCAUUGAAGUCAUAGUGGGCUGGCCAUACUAUUAGGGAUCUCAUAUAAAACUUUUUAAAGUGUAUUUGUGAGGAAAAGUUUUUCUGCGGAGAUGGACUUUAUUUUGAGGAAGACAUUUUGUAUAAAAUAGGACAGUGGAAAAGGAGAGUUGGCAGGCUUAGGGACUUUAAUAGUAGAAGAAUAUGGGAGAAUGUAUUUAAAACCUGGAAUAUGAAAGAAUCUGGACAUUGAAAUAUUUCCAAUUUUAUUUUUUAAAAUACAAUAGUAAAACAGUGUGUAAAAUGUAUCUAUAGUUCUUAAAGAAUCGUGAUAUAAUGAAAACUCAUAUGCCUGUGACCUAGUUUAAAAAUAAAGCAAUGACAUCACCAUAGAAACCAUUUGAAAGGUCUCCUUGUGUUAUAGCCUUCUACCCUCCUGGUGGCAAACACUAUCUUGAAUUCCGUAUUUAUCAUUUUCUCUGAUGUUCUUCAAUUUGUUGAAUCUUUUUAUUAUGGACUGAAUUACAUCCUCCAACAAGUCCUAAUUCCCUAGUACCUUUGAAGGGGAUCUUGUUCAGAAAUAGGCUCUCUUCAAAGCUGUUAUCAGUUAAGGUAACAUGAGGUCAUAAUGGAAUAGAGUGGGUUCAAAUCCGGUAAGUGGUAUCCUUAUAAAAGAGACAGAGACAGAGGAAGGAUGGUCAUCUGAACACAGAGGAAGAGUUAUGGUGCAGCUGCAAGCCAAAGAAUGCCUGGGGAUACCAGAAACUGUGAGAAACAAGAAUCUUUCCCUAGAGCCUUCAGAAAGACAAUAGCCUGCUAACACCAUGA